CAUCAAACAAUCUAAUCUUCUAGUCAAGAAAAAUGAAGAUUCUCAUUUUGGCAAUCUUCUUCGCUAUCUUCAUCUCAGGAUCAGCCCUUGGAUGUGCACGCGAAACUUGUUCGGAUGACUCUGAAUGUGAAAGCAAUGAACUGUGUGGUUUCAGAGGUCAGGAAGGCAAAAAGUUCUGUCAACCCAAGUGUUCGUCGGAUGCAGAUUGCUCCAAAUUGAGGCGAUGUGACAUUGAUAGAUGUGCUUACAGAAAAGAUCCACACUAUUGAUUUUUUUGGUUGGAUUGCGAAUAAAUGAUAUCUGCAGC